CAGACCUAAGAAGAAGCCUAUUAAUCGAACAUACGUUUCAAUGAAAGAGUGGUUCGCAUAUAAGAUCCAGCAGAGAGAUAUUCAACAUUCACAAUUGUUGUUUUCUAGACGUCUGUUGCAACAGUUUUGUUGUGACGGGUAUAGUAUGAUAGAGUCAUGGCGAUUAAAGUGGUACAGAGAUCAUCAGAAAGAAGUCAGGGCUGACAUGUACAAGGGGUUGAGAGAAGCAGUUCUUAGAGGAGAAACAGAUCCGGCCAGUGCAGGAAAGCGAGUGGUGUUGCCUUCUUCAUUUGUCGGAGGGGCACGAUAUAUGAUACAAAAUUACCAGGAUGCCAUGGCAAUAUGUGGAUGGGUGGGCUAUCCUGAUUUGUUUAUAACUUUCACAUGUAACCAUAAGUGGGCGGAGUUAGUUGAUUUUCUAAAGAAACAUAAUCUCAAGCCAGAGGAUCGACCAGAUUUAGUCAGUCGUAUUUUCAAAAUAAAGCUUGAUCAUCUAAUAAAGGAGAUUAAAAAGGGCAAAAUUUUUGGGAAGGUUAAAGCAGUCAUUUAUACUAUUGAGUUCCAAAAACGAGGUCUCCCGCACGCUCACAUCUUGGUUUUUCUACGGCCAGAAUUUCGCAUUCUUCAUCCUAACAACAUUGAUAAGAUUAUAUCGGCAGAGAUCCCUGAUAAAGACCAGGAUCCUCAACUCUACAGCAUUGUUACGUCUCUCAUGAUACAUGGACCUUGCGGAAAGCAGAAUAAUAAAUCGCCAUGUAUGCUGAAUGGUAAGUGCACUAAAUAUUUCCCGAAAAAAUUUGUUGACACAACGGUGAUUGAUUCAGACGGUUACCCUGUGUAUAGAAGAAGGAACAAUGGUGUAUCAUUAAAGAAAGGUGAAUCUUUUGUUGAUAACAGAUAUGUUGUGCCCUACAACCGUAAAUUACUGUUAAAGUAUAAUGCACAUAUAAACGUUGAAUGGUGUAAUCAGUCCCGGUCUAUAAAAUAUCUGUUCAAGUAUGUUAACAAAGGACAUGAUCGGGUAACUGCAACAUUUUACCAAGGCGGUAAUGAAUGUUACGACGAAAUAAAGAUGUACUACGAUUGUAGGUACCUCUCGGCAUGUGAAGCGGUGUGGCGGAUUUUUUCCUUUGAUAUUAAUUAUAGGGAACCCUCGGUUGAGCGCUUAAAUUUCCACUUAGAAGGCGAGGAACCAGUUGUUUUCGAAGAUCAUGAGGACUUGGAAAAUGUAGUAAAAAAACCACACAUCCGUGACACUAAGUUUCGUGCAUGGAUGGAGGCAAACCAAAAGUAUCCCGAGGCUAAGGAUCUAACAUAUGGCGAGUUUCCAUUAAAGUUUGUUUGGAAGCAAACAGAGCGUAGAUGGACACCAAGGCAACGAGGGCUUUCUAUUGGUCGAAUUCAUUUUGUUCCGCCCGGAAGCGGUGAGAAAUUUUAUCUAAGGACCCUGCUGAAUUAUGUAAAAGGUCCUGUUUCUUACGAUGAUAUCAAAACAGUUGGAGGAGUUAAAUACAACAGUUUCAAGGAGGCAUGCUUUGCUUUGGGCCUGUUAGACGAUGACAAUGAAUUCAUAAAUGCUAUCAACCAAGUCUCUUUUUGGGGGACUGCCGAAUAUAUGCGUCGUCUAUUUGUCAUGUUGUUAGUAUCAAACCAAUUUUCUCGACCAGAAGUUGUUUGGGAGAAGACUUGGCUGCAUUUGAGUGAUGAUAUGUUGCAUCGUCAAAGAUUGGCAUUGCGUGUACCAGAUUUAGUAUUGGACGACGAUCAAUUAAAAAGCUAUACGCUUGCAGAGAUCGAGAGAUUGUUGCAGAGUCACGGCAAGAAAAUGAAGGAUGAUUACCCAACUAUGCCUGUGACUGAUGUGUCCCUUAUCCAUGAGUCACGUAAUAGGUUGAUAUAUGACGAGAUGAAUUAUAACCAGCAUAUUCUUGAAGAAGAGAACGAGCGGUUAAUGUCCACAAUGACAUUUGAACAAAAACAGGUGUAUGACAAAAUAAUGGCGAGGGUUGAUGCCAAACAGCCUGCAAUUUUCUUCCUAUACGGUUACGGCGGUACCGGAAAAACAUUUAUAUGGAGAGCAUUGUCAUCUGCCAUUCGGUCAAGGAAAGAAAUUGUAUUGACAGUUGCGUCCAGCGGUAUCGCAGCCCUACUUAUACCUGGAGGAAGAACAGCACAUUCUAGGUUUGGUAUUCCUAUAAUCGUUGAUGAAAUUUCAACUUGCGGCAUACAUCCUAAAAGCCCGUUGGCUGAGUUGAUAUGUAAGGCAAGCCUAAUUAUUUGGGAUGAAGCGCCAAUGAUGCAUAAACACUGUUUUGAAGCACUUGACCGAAGUUUGAGGGAUAUUCUUCGUGUUCAAAAUAAUGGAAGGACGGAUAUCCCGUUCGGUGGCAAAGUUGUCGUGCUCGGUGGUGAUUUCAGACAAGUUCUUCCAGUGAUAGCGAAAGCCAAUAGACAAGAGGUGUGUAACUCAUCAAUAAAUUCUUCACAUUUGUGGCGUUUUUGCGAGGUGUUAACAUUGUCAACCAACAUGCGCCUUUUACAUGGUUCUUCCAAUUCUGAUAUUCAAGAGAGGAAAGAGUUUAGUGAGUGGGUUUUGGGCAUCGGAGAUGGUACUAUUGGAGAAGAGAACGACGAAAAUAUUCAGAUACAAAUUCCAGACGACCUACUUAUACAUAGUUCAGGAGAUCAUAUUGCUGCCAUUGUUGAUCACAUUUAUCCAUCGUUGCUAGAUAACAUGUAUGAUCAUUCGUUUUUCCAAAAUAGAGCUAUACUAACUCCGAAAAAUGUCACGGUUGAAGAAAUAAAUGAGUAUGUAAUGUCUCUUAUACCUGGAGAAGAAAAAACCUAUUUGAGUUGCGAUAGUCCCCUUGGUAAAAAUGCAUCAGCUACCAGGCCGGAUGACAUACACACACCUGAGUUUUUGAACACAAUUAAUGCCUCAGGUAUCCCUAACCACAAGAUAAAAUUGAAGGUUGGCGUUCCUGUCAUGCUUCUACGCAAUUUAGACGCUACAGCUGGUUUAUGCAACGGUACUCGAUUAAUAAUAACGAAGAUGGGCAGAUAUGUGCUUGAGGGCAAGGUCAUAACAGGCAGCAACAUUGGAGAUAUAGUUUAUAUACCGAGAUUGUCGUUGAGUCCAUCGGAUACAAGAAUUCCAUUCAAGUUUCAGCGUCGACAGUUCCCUAUAUCGGUGUCAUUUGCAAUGACGAUCAACAAAAGUCAAGGGCAAUCAUUGAAAGAAGUUGGAGUAUACCUUCCUCAACCGGUUUUUUCCCACGGACAACUAUAUGUUGCGGUGUCAAGAGUUACAUCAAGAAACGGAUUGAAGAUAUUAUGCACGGAUGAAGAUGGCAAUUGUAUGAGCACUACAUCAAAUGUGGUGUAUAAGGAAGUCUUUCGCAAUUUGUAAUGAUGAACCAGACGAUAACUUUACACAUGAACAGGGCAUUAUUUCUCUUCUUUGCUUCCCAUUUUACCACUUCUCUUAUACACAUAUGUCAAGUUAAUGUUGAGUUCAAGGUGAUAAUUGAUUGCAUUUUUAUAAUAGCUUUGGAAGGUACUUUUUGGUGAUAACUUAAUGCUGGUUUUUUCAUUCCAUUCCAAUUGCAACACUGUUCACCCUAUUUAACUUUUUGCUAUCUUUUUCAUGUUUUUUAAAUUACAAUUUCGUCGGCCGUUGCGUGGUCACAAUUGUCCACGAUUUCGUGGAUUUAGUGGCAAGUUUUAAGUUGCUUUUAUGUGUACUGUUGAACUUACUAUAUAUGUUGCAAUUUUAUAUGGAUUGCACUA